AUGUACCCUGUGAUCGUUCGCUUGCACGUCCUCGGUUACCGCUCGGGCAUGCUCAAGCGAAUCACGCCCAAACGGAAACGGGAGCAGGACGAGGACGGCUCCCCGUUGUCUCGCCGCACCAGUCCGCAAAAGCCGUCCUCCGACGAUACCCCCGUGCUCGACCCCGUCUGUGUCGCAUACGUGCACAGAUUCACCACGAACUCCAUCGGCUGUUUGCCAUGGGGCGCCCAAUGGGAGCUCGCGUGGUGGACAUCUAAUGGGUUCGGGUCUUUGGAAAACAAUCUUCCUGUCUCCGAGUUCAACAAUAUCGCUCGGAUGUCCAACGACGCCGGGGCCAGCGCGAUGCGGAAGCUGCUGAGCGAGAGGACGGAGAAAACUGAUGGCAUGUAUGCCCGAGAACAAUAUUCAAAGCGACUAGCAUGGGCGGAAUUAGACAGAGAAGAACUCCUUCUCAAGGAUACGGAGUCCCAUCCUAGCGUCGGCGGCGUGCAUUCCGACGACGGCUACGGAGGUAAAGUCAACUUCCUUGCCAAGGUCACUAAGAUCCCUCAGAGCUGCCCCCCGAGGUUCCGCCUCACCCUUGAGCGCGCGGAACUCGGGCCUUCCAACCGGUUCACCAGGCGCUUUGGCUCAAGGCACUUUAUCCGGGUGCGCCUCACCAAGGAGGCGCUCGCCCACAAAGGCCCUUCGCUCUUUGAUUUCUUCCUCAGGCACUUCGUCAUCUGGACGUCCGUCUACCGAGCGUUCUUCACAAAAGAACACAAUGUGUUCCUCGUGAGGACCAAUGAGGUCCCUCAAGCCAUCAGCAAGGACCGUGUCGUCAUCAGUCAAGAUACGACUGACACUCGCUUGAUGUCGUUCUCAGAUUUCAUCGACUGGUUCAACAGGCUAGAAGAAAACAAAGAGCAGACUAUGGCCAAAUGGGCGGCCAGAUUCGCUCUUGGCCUCUCCACCUCAAUACCCGGUAUCAGGUUGGAACACGAAAAUAUCCACCACAUAGAAGACAUACUAUGUGAGGGAUACGACGGACCGGGGAAGCCUCCCAGCGAGGUCCAGAUGACGGACGGGUGCGGGCUCAUGAACCAGACCGCCAUGCAUCUCCUCUACGAGCGCGUCGGCGCGCGCCUCUGGACACGGGCCCCGACCGCGGUUCAAGUGCGAAUCGGAGGAGCCAAGGGCCUCCUCCUCGUCCGCUACGACCUCCCCACCGAAGACGAGGCGGCCCCGAAGAUCUGGCUCCGGCCGUCGCAGGUGAAGAUCAACAACGCCCGCGAGAGCGCGCGCGACCCGAGCUGGCUGACCAUCGACGUGCUGCGCGCGGCGCGCAUGCGGACCCCCGCGAAGCUCUCCGCGGAGACGAUCGUCAACCUCGGCGAGAACGGCGUGCCGUUCUCGUGCUUCCAGGAGCUCUUCCGCGCGGACAUCGCCGAGCGCGUCGACGCGCUCCUCGAGUUCCCCACCGGCGCGGACCCGCCGCAGACGCCGCCGUCGACGGUGCGGGCCACCGACCCGCGCGCGGACGCUCAAUGGGUCCUCCGUCUCCUCAAGGCCGUCGAGCGUUCGGGAGGGGUGAUGCAGGCUCGCGCGGCGCGCGCGGACUCCGGGAGGGCGCGCGUCGCCGGGCACGUGUACGACGACCGCGACGACGGGUACGAGGACGAGGACGACGUGGACGAGCCCGCGGCGCCGAUUCGGGAGGGGAGCAGCGCAUGGUGGGAGGACCCGGUGAGCGGCUGUCCGUCCUCGCUGGAGGAGACGUGCAUGGUCCUCCUCCAUGCCGGCUUCGAGCCUCGGACCUGUGAAGUCCUCGCGGAGAAGCUGCGGCAGGUUGCGCUCAAGGAAGUGCAGGUCUUCAAGAUGAGGUACCGAUUCGCUGUUCCGAUGUCCUGCUCGGCGUUCAUGGUUCCGGAUCCCCUAGGCGUCCUCGAGGCUGGCGAAAUUCAGAUAAGAAGUUCUGAGUGCAACUUGCCGGACCCCCGAGGAGUGUUGCAGCAAUGCGUGGUAGGCGAGGUUUUGGUGACGAGACACCCGUGCAAGGUCCCCAGUGAUGUGCAGCGAGUUCGCGCCGUCCUCCACGACAAGCUAUCGCAUUAUCUCGACGUCAUCGUCGUCUCUGUAAAAAGUGCCGUCUACGAAGGAGAAUCACUCAAACGGCAUUUGGCCAGUUUGUGUGGUGGAGGCGACUAUGAUGGCGACACUCUAGAGGUGUUCUGGGACCCUGUUAUCGUGCAGAAUUUCAAGGUUCCGGACCCACGGAAAUUCGGCGUUGUACCUCCAGAGGUGCACUCCAGUCUGUUCAAGAACACCAUGUCCGCGGGUGAUUUUCUUGAUAAGACGGCAUCUGUCGCUCCCAACGGAGACAAGUACAUCCAGGACCUUCAACGGCACCUGCUCGCAUCCCUCAAGGCGAGACCACUGACGGGCAUGUACUCGUCGUGGUGGGAAAACAGUGCAUACAUGAACGGAUACGACCAUCCCACCACGAUCUUCCUCGCUUACAUGUUCUGCGCGAUCCUGGAUGGCUCCAAGACGGGCGUCACGGUGAAACACAACAAGCACACGAUCUACUCCAAGGAGCUGUACGCCAUCUCCGCUCCCCCGCCGUACAAGAGGUUCGACUUCGACCCGGAGGAUCGAGGGACCAACCUCCGGCCGUCGGAACGCGGCAAAGGGCUCCCCGAGUUCAUCAUGAAGACGCUCGAGCGCCUCACCGACGCCGAGUGCGCGGCGAUGAAGGACCGCAUCAAGCUCAAGUUCGCGCGGCCGAAGCUCCUGCAGCCGGACCCCCACCUCUGCGCGCCGCACGCGGACGCGGUGCGGCGCGGCGCGGCGCUCGCGCGGAUCGGGGUGCCGGGCUUGCGCGACGAGCUCGCGCGGAUCGAGGAGCACGUGCGCGCGUGCCGGCUGAAGGCGGAAGAGGAGCGCGGGCGGCUGGUGGAGAGGGAGGAGCGGAGGAGGGCGGAGAAGGGCAACAAGGGGCCGCGCGGGCGGGACAAGAAGGAGAACCUGUUCUCGAGCCUGCCCAUCGAGGUCCGGCAGGACUUCUUCCGCGCGCAGUCCCGCCGCUUCCACCUCGACGGGCCGAAGGAGCUGCUGUUCUUCAGCGACCUCGAGGCGGGGAGGGUGAUGGCGUCGUACGCGUACAUCCACGACCACGAGGUAUCAGGCAAGUACUGGACGAGAUUUCCUUGGGACGUUGCGAUGAGAGACUUGUGCGAGAUCAAGGCGCAUGCAGUCGGAGGGCCGAGGAUGGUGUCGGAGGCCGUCUAUCCUUGGUUGACUAUCAGCGGGGUGGCUCUGAAGGACUGA